CCCCAGCCCAUGUCAGACCAUAGCAAUGAUCUUCCUCUUUGACCCUAAUACUGGGAGGUAGAGACAAGUAGAUCCUUUGUGUUUUCUUGCAAGCCAGCCUAGGCUAGUGGAUGAAUCAAUAGCAUAUAGGGUGCUGGGUUUGGAGGCACAGGCCUUUAAUGCCAGCAUCCAGGAGACAGGCAGGUGGGCUACAUGUUAAGACCCUGUCAAUAGGGACUGAAGAGAUGGCUCAGCAGUUAAGAGCACUGACUGCUCUUCCAGAGGUCCUGAGUUCAAUUCCCAGCAACCACAUGGUGGCUCACAAGCAUCUGCAAUGGGAUCCAAUACCUUGUUCUGGUGUGUCUGAAGACAGCUAUAGUGUAUUCAUAUAAAUAAAAUGAAUAAAUCUUUAAAAAAGAAAAGAAAAAAGACCCAGUGAGGGCAGGCGGAUAUCUGAGUUCAAGGCCAGCCAGGGCUGCAAAGUGAGUACUAGGACAGCCAGUGCUACACAGUGAAAUCUUGUCUUGAAAAACAACAGAAAAACUCUUGCUCUCUCUUACUCUUUUUUUCUUUUAGAAGAUUUUUUUUAUAAUUUUUUUCUUUUUUAAGAUUUUAUUGUAUUGGGCUGGAGAGAUGGUUCAGCAGUUAAGAGCACCACUGCUCUAACAGAGGUCCUGAGUUCAAAUCCUAGUAACCAUAUGGUGGCUCACAACCAUCUGCAAUAGGGAUCUGGUGCCCUCUUCUGGUGUGUCUGAAGGCAGCUACAGUGUACUCAUACACAAUAAAAUAAAAAAAUUUUUUUAUUUAUGUGAGUACACUGUUGCCAUCUCCACCUCCACAUGGAUGUUGUGGCAAGUAUCCACAGCGACAUACCCACACACACAAAUGUAAAAAUUCUAAAACAGGGCUGUGACCUGUAACACCAGCACUGUGUGUGUGGAAGAGUGGGGAUGAGGAUCUCUGGGACUUGUUAUCUGCCAAGCUACUUUGAGCUUCAGUGAGAGACUGCCUCAGCGGAUUAAAGUGGAGAGCCACAGAGCAGAAAAAUUAGCCAUCCUUUGGCCUCUGCUCACACACAAGCACAAGGGCCUUGAAUAUUGCUCAGAAAGUGCUGUAUCACUGAGCAGUGACACCUCAGUUUGGUGUUUUGAGGCAUUCUGACUAAGCUCACCCCUAAAGCCUCUGGAAAUUGGUAUCAUUUACCCUUUAUCACAGGGCAAGAGACUAUUAAGGGUCUACCCAGUACCUUUGCCCAUGAAUAGCAGGUUCUGUAUAGCAACUCUUUGGAAAUGUGGGACAAUGGUGCCCUCUGCCGGCAGAGGUGACAGAUAUAGUUUACAUUGACAGUAAAUCACUUGACUUUAUCUCUGUUCAGUGCACCGGGGACACAUGAGUGUACACACACACACACACACACACACACACACACACACACACACACACCAUUGAAUAAUUGUGAGGGUCCAGGUUCUGGGCUUUAGGUUUCUUUUGUAAUGAUAGGAAUCCUUUGACAAAAAAUGACUGAGACUACAUGCUGGGUCCUUGAAUGAACACAGAAUGACAGAGACUGGUGUUAGGGACUACAUGUAUGAAGACACAAAUACAUCUAUCUUUCUGCCGUGUGUAUGUGAGUAUGUGUGCAGAGGACUCAACCCAGAGCCUUGUGCAUGCCAGGCAGGAAGCGCUUGUUUAUAAAGAUUUAUUAUGUGUAUGUAAGUAUUUUGCCUGAAUGUGUGUGUACCUGCCUGAUCAAAGGAGGACAUCAGAUCCCCUGGAACUGGAGUUACAGGGGGCUGUGUGUGCUAGGUAUCCGAUGUCCUCUGGGGACAUGCUCUUACCUGCUAACUCAUUAGUCCUUAUUUUGAUUUUUUUUAAAAUAAUUUUACGUGCAUCGGUGUUUUGCCUGCACGUGUGUUCAUGUGAGGGUGUCAGAUCUUGGCAUUACAGACAGUUGUGAGCUUCCACGUGGUUGCUGGGGAUUUGAAUCCAUUUCCUCUGGAAGAGCAUUCAGUGCUCUUAACUGCCCAGCCAUCUCUCCAGUACACACACACUUUUUGAGGCAAGCCUUGAAAUCACUAUAUGGUAGAGGAUGGUUUUGAAAUUUUGACACUCAUCUUUACUUCCUGGCUGUGGGAUUGCAGUAGCGCCCUACAAUGCCAUGUUUUGUUUUGGAGGUAGCCUAUAAUAUAGCCUUAACAGUCCUGGAGCUUGCAAGGCAGUGUAGACUAGCCCCAAACUCAAAGGAGUGCAAUAACCUGCUCUGUUCAAUCUUUUUUUUUUUUUCUUUUUGUGAGAUGGGAUCUCUCUGUAACCCAAGCUGGCAGGAAACUCACUGUGCUGUGUUGAUCUCUAACUCCACACAAUCCUUUUGCCUCAGCCUCCCAAAUCUUGGGAGCAUAUUGGACUGUUGUAUUUUAUACAACAGAAAAACAUGUCUUGAAGUGUUUUAAAAUACAUUUAUUGUAUGUCCGCCCAUACGAAUUUGAAUGGCUGUCUUGUAGAUCCCAGAAACUCAGGUCAUCGGGCUUGGCGCCGUGUAUCUUCACUCACUGAGCAAUGGCACUGGGCUUUAGAACCGUUUUCGUUAUAGAGGGAAAGUGUCAGCAAUGGGAUCUGGAAGUAGUACAUCCAGUGUGGAGGGUGUAGGCGUCAGUUGCCAUGGUUCCUGAUACCUCCCAGAUCACGUGAUUCCGGGCAACAUGGCUCUGUCCACUGUGGUGUCAGCCCACGUGGUUCCGGAACUGAAAAUGGCGGCGGUAGGCAGCCCAGGUUCGCUUGAGUCCGCUCCACGAAUCAUGCGGCUAGUCGCUGAGUGCAGUCGCUCCAGAGCUCGGGCCGGUGAGCUGCGGCUGCCGCAUGGAACGGUAGCCACCCCUGUGUUCAUGCCUGUGGGUACACAGGCCACCAUGAAGGGUAUCACCGCGGAGCAGCUGGACUCCCUGGGCUGCCGCAUCUGCUUGGGCAACACCUACCAUCUGGGGUUGAGGCCGGUGUGUGGAUUCGAUCCGGGGGUGGGCGGUGAGGGGGCCGCCUUGCCGGGACACGCCUCAGGAAAUGUCAUUCUAGGUCCGGAGCUGAUCCAGAAAGCUCACGGUCUUCACGGUUUCAUGAAUUGGCCCCACAAUCUGCUGACGGAUAGCGGCGGCUUCCAGAUGGUGUCUCUCAUCUCCUUGUCCGAGGUGACGGAGGAGGGCGUCCGCUUCCGCUCGCCCUAUGAUGGAGAAGAGACACUUUUGAGCCCAGAGAGGUCGGUGGAGAUCCAGAACGCUCUGGGCUCGGACAUCAUCAUGCAGUUGGACGAUGUGGUGAGCAGCACGGUGACAGGCCCUCGAGUGGAGGAGGCCAUGCACAGGUCAGUCCGCUGGCUGGACAGAUGCAUCGCAGCCCAUAAGCGUCAGGACAAGCAGAACCUCUUUGCCAUCAUCCAGGGCGGACUGAAUGCUGAUCUUCGGACCACUUGCCUGAAAGAGAUGACCAAGAGGGAUGUGCCGGGCUUUGCCAUCGGAGGUCUGAGCGGAGGAGAGAGCAAGGAGCAGUUCUGGAAGAUGGUGGCAUUGAGCACCUCCAUGCUGCCUAAGGACAAGCCACGCUACCUGAUGGGGGUUGGCUAUGCCACCGAUUUGGUGGUCUGCGUGGCCCUUGGAUGUGACAUGUUCGACUGUGUAUACCCCACACGGACAGCGCGUUUUGGAUCCGCCCUUGUGCCCACUGGGAACCUGCAGUUGAAGAAGCAGCAGUACGCCAAGGACUUCAGCCCCAUAAACCCCGAGUGUCCCUGUGCCACCUGCCAGACGCACAGCCGCGCCUUCUUGCACACCCUGCUGCACAGUGACAACACCGCAGCGCUGCACCACCUCACCGUGCACAACAUUGCCUAUCAGCUGCAGCUCCUGAGCGCCGCGCGCAGCAGUAUCUUGGAACAGCGCUUUCCCGACUUCGUGCGGAACUUCAUGCGGACCAUGUAUGGGGACCACAGCCUCUGUCCUGCCUGGGCCAUUGAAGCACUGGCCUCUGUGGGAAUCACACUCACAUGACCUGGUUGCUGGGGAAGGACGCUGGGGUACAGGGAAUAUUGAAGGACUCUUUUUUACAAAAGAUUUUGUUACUACUUUUUGUUUUCAUUUAAGAUCUUGUAUCUUUUAAGAUCUCCCUGUCUUCUUUCUUCCUCAUUGUAGUUGGAUUUCUCGAUUCUCGGUAAGAAGUAAACCAGAGAGUGGAGGUGU